AUGGGGGAGGCUGGCAGACGGGAGCUUUGGAGAGAGCGGCAGGAUGAAGUCUUCAGCUCCGUCUCUUCUGAUUGCCUGCCUUGUGAUGUCCCUCAGCAGCUACACUCAGCAGGUCCUUUACUGCCCACCCACCCCUGCUCCAGAAAGUGUCACCGAGUUCGUCUGCAACUCUCCAUCUCUACGUGAAUUUCCCACCGGCUUCCCCGCACGAGCCAAGAUGAUCUCCGUUGAGUUCACCCAAGUCUCCAGUCUUGGCGUAGAGGCCCUCCAAGGUCUUCCAAACCUCCAGGAACUUCACCUCUCCAACAACAGGUUAAAAACUCUUCCAAGUGGCCUCUUCCGUAACCUCCCACAACUGCACACCUUGGAUCUCUCCACAAAUCAUCUAGAAGAUCUACCUCCAGAGAUCUUCACAAAUGCAAGUAGCCUCACUCAUUUAUCCCUCAGUGAAAAUCAACUGGCUGAACUGCGCCCAUCCUGGUUCGAAACCCUGGAGGAGCUCAGGAUCCUAGGCCUUGACCACAAUCAGAUGAAGGAGAUCCCAAUUUCUUGUUUUGAUAAGCUGAAGGAGUUGACAUCUCUAGAUCUCUCAUUCAACCUCCUCCAUCGCCUCGAUCCAGAGAUGUUCAGUGGCUUAGACAAUUUGGAGAGGUUAGUCCUGGAAAGCAACCCCAUCCAGUGUAUUGCCAGGAAGACCUUCCAUUGGCAUCCCAAGCUGAGUGUGCUGUCCCUGAAGAACAGCAGCCUGACCCACAUCUUAACGGGAGUCUUUGACCCAUUGCAACAACUGGUGCUGCUGGACCUCUCUGACAAUGAGCUCAGCACAAUGGAUGAUCCAGUCUACAAGCCGUCUGCCAAUCUCAGUCUUGAUCUUUCAGGAAACCCUUGGGCGUGUGACUGCCGGCUGGAGAAUCUUCUAAGAUGGCUCAAUGAUCACAACAUCCAUUUAUAUUCUAAGGAGGAAUUUGUCUGUGCUUCCCCCAAGCAUUUCAAGGGUGAACGUGCAAUUUCACUUCAACCAUACCAAAUUUGUCCCUGCUAAACUUUCAAGGUGGAUCUUUUUCCCACCUGUUACCUGAACAGCAGGAUUUCCCAGUUUGGGGCCAUUUCCAGUUGAAGUCCACGAGUCAUGAAAGAGCCAAGGUUGCCUACCCCUGACCUAGAUGGAUUUAAAGGAGGGCAGCCAGAACAUGAUUGGGAAAAAUAUUAAUUUUAGGGAGAAAAAAAAGUAGGAGUAGCUGACAAUAUAUUAAAUCUGCUAUGGUACAUGCUCAAGCACUUCCCAAGGUGCAUCAAAGGAGGGCGAGCUAGUUUCGCAUCAGAAAGAAAGACAAGCAGUUCUUCCUGCAGCAUUAUCCAAGGCCUCCCCUACCUCCACCGGAACCGCCUCGGAAACGGGAAGGUUCAAAGCCAACAGAAAUCUGACUGCCUACACAAAGAACCAACUCGCCUCCCCAUCAAAGUGUAUCUAUUUAUCUACUCUCAUAGAGCAUGCUUUUGUGGGCCGAAGCUAAGGCAAAUACGAGAACCCAUGCAAUUCUAGGGCUCAAACCUCUUAAGCAGAGACCAUCUCCAAGAUCGUUAAGCCACUGGGCCAAUUCUCUCAUUUGCUGUUCAAUAAACUCUACUUCUACUUCAA